AUGAGACGUGUAGUCGACCUCCGGGAUGUGACCCCGCCUCUCGCCCAGUGUCACCUGGGAUUGGCUCCACCCCCUCUGAGACCCAUUAAGGACCAGCAGUCAAAAAAAGGUUUGAAAUGUGGAGCUCCUCAAGGCUGGAGACCCCCGGCCCGGUCUGUGAGGGUGGUGGGGGGGCACCAGGCCAAGCACGGAUCCCACCCAUGGCUGGUUUCCCUGCGGCUCCGAGGCUCUCACUUCUGCGGCGGCUCCAUCCUCACGCCGCGCUGGAUCCUGACGGCCGCUCACUGCUUCUCCUCCGUCUCCAGGGAGUUCCUCCGGGACGUGAGCGUGGCCGUGGGCGAGUUCGACCGCACGCUGGACGAUGAAGAGGAGGAGCAGGUCCUGGGGGUGAAGAGCGUCUCCUUGCACGAGAAGUUCCAUCACGCUUUGCCCAUGAGCCACGACAUCGCUCUGGUGGAGUUGGACCAGCACAUCCGGCUCGGGAUCCGAGUGCAGCCGAUCUGUUUACCUCUACCUGAGGAGAACAUCCUCCCUCGGACCAGGUGCAUUGUGGGAGGAUGGGGCAGGAUGAAGGAAAGAGGUCGACUUCCUGCGGUUCUGAGAGAGGUCCAGUUGGACUUGGUGGAUCCGGUCAAGUGUCAACACGUCCUGCAGACGCUCCGAGGGCCGGGCCGACCUCGGGCCGCCAUGACGGUGGUGUGUGCCGGGCCGGAGAGAGGAGGGAGAGACGCCUGUCAGGGCGACUCCGGGGGUCCUCUGGUGUGUCCUGCAGGGCCGGGCGGGGGUCACAGGGUCGCGCUGGGUGUGACUUCCUGGGGUAAAGGAUGUGGGCGGAGCUGGGGCAACAACAGCAUCCUCCCUCCGUCCAGAAGAGGGUCUCCGGGGGUCUUCACUGACGUCCGGCUGCUGCUGCCCUGGAUCAAACAGGAGCUGCGACACGUUCCUCCGAUGUACACUGUGUGUGUGUGUGUGUGUGUGUGUGUGUGUGUGUGUGUGUCAGGACUCUGCAGUGUGAUUGAUGGGCCUGUGAUUGACAGCGAUGGAGUCAUCAGAAACCCCGCCCUCCCUGGUGAUCGCUAUGACAACAACGAGUUGUGUGUCUGGAGGAUCACUGCCCCCCCGGGUUCCUCUGUCCUGUUGGAGCUUGAGUUCUUGGAUCUGGAGAAUGAGUCAAACUGUCGCUACGAUCGACUCACUGUGUCAGCAGGGAGCCACAGGCCUGUAGGUAUAUUCUGCGGACGUGUCCCACACAGACCUCUUGUCCUGAGUCUUUCCCAGAAUGCAACACUUCUCUUCUCCUCAGACGUUAGCAGAACAGGAAGUGGCUUCGUCCUGAGGUAUCGUGCUGUCCAGGGACGACCUGAUCCUGGUUGCGGGACAAUUGUUCUCGUUGAAGAUCAGAUUGUUGUUCAAACCCCAAAUUACCCACAAUCCUACAGUAAUGACUGCGUGGUCCGCUGGGUGGUCUACGCUCCACGGGGUCACGUUGUCAAGGUUGAAUUCACCGACGUUGAGCUGGAGGAGUCGGACAGAUGUUUGUACGAUUCCCUCACCGUCCUGGCAGAUGUGGAGCGAACGGAGGAGAUAGCGGUGCUGUGCGGCCGUACUGUCCCUCCUCCGGUUCUGUCCUUCCACAACGUCAUGGUUCUGCAGUUCAGCUCCGACAGCAGCAUCACACACCGAGGCUUCAGGGCCCGGCUGGCUUUCAUCAGCCGAGCAGACCUUCACCACGGGGACAUUAGAGCUGGAGUCCAGGAUCCAGGAGACAUGAGGAGGAUUCACCGACAUCAUGUGACCGUUCACCAGCAGCACGGAGACUCUCAUGUAAACCUGGAUGAAUCUGACUCACAGUCCAGCAGCAGAGCUGAGUCCUCCCGGGAUGAAGAGGAUCCCAGUCUUCAUCAUCUGGACCUGAGCUCAGAUGAUGAAGACUCCAGUGGAGAAUCCUCAGGGGACCGUGUUAUAACCUGAUGAAGGGCGGAGGCCUCUGGACACAGAACAUCUCAAACUGAGCUCUGAUGAAGAUGAGGGUUUGGGAGGUGAUGAAGAUGAAGGUCGAUCACUAAAGAUGUUGGGGAAUAGAAAUGCAAGAGCUUGGUCAAUUUCUUCUAUUUCAUAUUAUGGUGGAACAGGAUUGUUUGUAAAAUAGCGCCACCACCAGGUCAAAUGUGUAAUGUUAUUUCUACUUUAACUAAAUACCUUUGGAGUCAUUGUCCUGAAAUGACUCUGAUACAUCUCUAUAAUCUCAGAAGAGGUAAAGUUACUGAUUAACUUGAUUUUAC